UUGACACUGACAUUAGUCAUUUAUGGUCAAGUACACUGACUAUUUUUUGAUUCACCAUGAAAAUUGUUAUAAUAUUCUUAUUUUUUAUUUCAUCUUCAUCUUCAAUAGUAGAAGAAUUAUUUAAAUCAAUUUAUGGACAAUAUCUCCAACAAGGAAUUCCGUUUAGAGAAAACACAUAUUUAGGUAAUAAACCAAUAUUACGUGAGUAUGAUUUUAUUAUUGUCGGAGCCGGUCCUGGAGGUAGUGUUGUUGCAAAUCGUUUAUCUGAACAGUCUAACUGGUCAGUGCUAUUAUUAGAAGCCGGACAAGACGAGUCUAUUUACACAGAUAUACCAGUUGCAGCAGAAUACUUAGAAUCAACGGACUAUAAUUGGGGCUAUACAGCUGAGCCAGCUAAAAAUGGAUGUUUUAAUUAUGCAAAUAAUCGUUGUCCUUGGCCAAAAGGUAAAGGAAUGGGAGGAUCGUCUAUAUUAAACGGUAUGUUCUACACAAGAGGAAAAAAAGAAGAUUAUGACACAAUUUCAGAAAUGGGAAAUUUUGGUUGGGCCUACAAAGAUGUAUUGCCUUACUUUUUAAAGGCUGAAAAUAAUUCUAUACAAGAAUAUCAAAACUCAUCAUUACAUUCACAGACCGGAAACUUACACGUUGAGCGAGUAAGGUACCAUUCACCACUUGUAGAUAAGUUUAUAGAAGCAGGUGGUGAAUUGGGAUUACAAAAAAAUAUUGAUUAUACAGUAAAUCCAGAAAAUGGAAUAUCACGUUUACAAGCCACAUCACGAAAUGGACGAAGAGUGAGUGCAUCUAAAGCCUAUAUUCAGUCUGUCAAAAACCGUCAAAAUUUACACGUGGCAAUAUUUUGUAGAGUAACAAAAAUACUUAUUGAUCCAUUAUCUAAAAAAACAAUCGGAGUAGAAUUUGUAAAAAAAGGGAAAAAUAGAAGAGUAUUUGCUAAAAAAGAAGUUAUUUUAUCUGCAGGACCAAUAAAUUCACCACAAUUAUUAAUGUUAUCAGGAAUUGGACCAAAAGAACACUUAAACAAUCUUGGUAUACCAGUCAUCCAAGAUUUGCCAGUGGGGCAAAAUUUACAAGACCACUAUGGUACUUUAGCUUUGGAAUUUAUAUCAAAUCAUACGGGACCGGUAAUUAAUGAGCAAACAAUAUUAAACCCUUAUUUAUUUGAACAAUGGUUUAAAUAUGGUCGUGGACCACUUACUGUACCAUCAAGAGUAGAUGGCUUAGGUUUUGUACGAUCACCAUCAGGCAAAGAAAUUGAAAUAAUAUUGGCUCCAAUAGGGCAAACACCAGGUAGAUUUAAUAUUGCUACUUUAUUAUUACAACCAGAAGCUCGAGGGAAUGUAACUUUGAAAAGUAAAAACCCAUGGCAUCCACCUAUUAUGUCUUAUGGUUAUUAUGACAAUAUAACUGAUCUAGAAGACAAUGUAUUUGCACUUAAAUAUUCAGUCAGGUUGGUAGAAGAAACACAAGCAUUUAAAAACAUUGCAGCUAAACUAAGCCCAAUGCCACAUCCAAAAUGUAAUCAUUUAUUAUUCAAAUCUGACGAUUAUUGGAUUUGUAUAUCAAAACAUUUGACUCAUACUUAUCAUCAUCAAUGCAGUACAUGUAGGAUGGGAGAUGUUGUCAAUAAUAAAUUACAAGUAAUUGGAAUUCAAGGACUACGGGUAGUAGAUUCUUCAAUAUUUCCUCAUAUUCCAAGUGCACAUCUUUAUUCCCCAACCAUAAUGGUUGGUGAAAAAGCAGCGGAUAUGAUUCGAAGUCAUUGGUCAUAAUAAUCAAGGAGUUUAAUUAUUUCAUUUUUUUAUUUAUUAUAAGAAAAAUAGUAUUAUAUAAAUCAUAUAUAAUAUUAAAUUAUUAUUAUUAAUUAACCUUUAGUCAUAGUAAUUUAUGAGUUAAAUAAAUCAUUUGCUUUUUUUAUUUAUUUAUAAUAAAAAUUAAUAAAAUAUAAAUCAUGUCAUAUAUUUAUCA